UUUUUGUAAAUUGCCUUCAAAACAUAAGGGAUUAAACUGAGACUACACUAAACAUAACGGAGGAAAGGUAAAAUGUCCCCUUUAAAAACUUGAGGAAGAAACCCAAGUCAAGUCUCGCCAAUCGUUUUCUCCCAGAUCCUCAAAAACUUUGGACCGGUAACAUUCAUCUUCUGCUCUUUUUUCUCCAUCUUUGGCCUAGAAAGAUUUGAUGUUUUAGCUAACAAUCAUGUUUUCAAUGGAACACGAUGAACUAUUCCACUUCCUCUCUAUUCCUCCCCAGCAGCAGAUCCCACAGGAUACACCCCUAAUGGCUCGGGCGCCUAAUCCAAACUCGUGUAAGCCAAAAUCUUGCACGAAGAAAAGGAAGUCAUCGGUUGCUUUUGGUGACAAUAAUGUUCUUGACAAUGAGAGUCCAGUAGAGCACAAAAAGCGGAUUAUACACCGAGAUGUUGAAAGACAAAGAAGACAAGAAAUGGCUGCUCUUUAUCAAUCUCUCCGAUCACUGGUCCCUGAUGAGUAUCUCCAGGGAAAGAGAUCGAUAUCUGAUCACAUGCAUGGGACAGUUAAAUAUGUAAGACAUAUGAAAAGAAAGGUAGAUGAGCUGAUAAGUAAGAGAGACGAACUCCAAGAACUCACGAAACCUGGCUGCAGUUUCAGUAUUUUAACAGAAUUUACAGUUAGUCUCAACAAGACUAGUGUAAGAGUGCAAAGUAGCACUACAGGGAUGCAGAUAAUUUUGAAGACUACUUUAAGAGGAGGGCUGCCUCUAUCAAAAUUUCUCAGCGUUCUUAAUGGAGAAGGCUUAUCAGUUAUAAGUUGCGUUUCCACCAACGCCAAUGAAGGACAACUUCAUGUUAUGGAAUCCGAGGAACUCGUAUGACAGGUGGAUCAGGGGAGGAGCUUUGAUCAAACUAAGCUGCAGAAGAGAUUGAAGGAAUUGCUAUACAACCUAUAAGCCAGAACCUAUUCUCAUUCUUGAAAUUCUGUUUUUUCGAGUAUAUAAGGAUUGAAUAAAUUGAACUUUCAAUGUGUGCAGUUAAAUCGAACGCAAAUAGUUUGUGAGCCUUCUCAUGUGCAUCUUGUUACACAGCUGUUUAAUUCUCCAACAGCAAGAAAGGCCUUCGUUUAAGAGUCUCAAAGAUCUGCUACCAUGGAAGGAUGUUCUUCUGAUUCAAGUACAUAAAUAGUAUAGUUUCUUGUGCUUGCCAUCCAAUUGAACUUCAAAAUUGAUUUGCUCUAGGUUGCUGGUUGUAUGGACCGCAUGAUUUCAAAAUUAUUAUCAUUUCGAGUCUUUCCUCAACAACUGAUUGGCGUAGUUGGAUGAAUAUACAUUUUGCUGCA